UAAACCCAAACACACCACACUCCUAAAACCUAAAUCCCGGCCAUAACUAAUCUUAUCUUCUAAUCACUCUACCUUAAAUUAAACCUAAAAAACACAAUUAAUUUAUGUUCCAAACAUCCUUAAAAAUGUCUUCGUUUUAAAUGGGUAUGAAACAGUUCACUAAUGACAGAACAAAACCCAUGAUUAUAUUCUUCUGUAUGUGUAGUUGUAUACAUAUAUCUAUAUAUUAAUUUUAAUUAUAUAAUAUAUAAAAGAAACAAUGUCGUUUAAGAGUAUAAUUCAAGAUAUGAAGGGAGAGUUAGGCAGCAUUUCUCGAAAAGGGUUCGGGUUAAGAUCAAGGUCACAAAGAGGUAUGGGAGAUUGUAAUGGAUCAGCAGUGAUUGCUGUUGAUGGGUUGAAGCAGAGUAGUUGGGCGAAUAUGCCGCCGGAGCUUUUACGCGACGUGUUGAUGAGAAUCGAGGCGUCUGAAUGCGCGUGGCCUGAUCGUAAGAAUGUGGUUUCAUGUGGUGGUGUUUGUAGGAAUUGGAGAGACAUUAUCAAGGAACUUGUUAAAAAUCCUGAAUUUUCGGGCAAAUUGACCUUUCCCAUUUCGCUUAAGCAGCCUGGUGCAAGGGGAUCUCUAAUACAAUGCUUCAUAAAGCGGAACAGAAGUGCUCAAACAUAUCAUCUGUAUCUCAGUUUGAAUCAAGCAUCAAAUGAUGAUGGGAAGUUCCUUCUUGCUGCAAAAAAGUAUAGACGCGCUACAUGCACAGAUUAUAUAAUCUCUCUAAAUGCCGAAGAUGUAUCAAAAGGGAGCAGCACGUACAUAGGAAAGUUAAGAUCAAACUUCCUUGGGACAAAGUUUACCGUCUAUGAUGCACAACCAUCUGAGGGUGGAGCUUUGGCUACAAAAUAUCGUACCUUCAAGCCAGGGAGUAUGAAACGAGUGUCACCAAGGGUUCCUGCUGGAAACUACCCGGUGUCAAACAUAUCAUAUGAGCUGAAUGUGUUGGGGUCCAGGGGUCCAAGAAGGAUGCAGUGUGUCAUGAAUGCAAUCCCUGAAAGUGCUAUGGGUCCAGGAGGAACGGCUCCUACGCAAACCGAAUUCCUUCUUAACCAUGUGGAUUCUUUUUCAUCUCUCCCCUUUUUCAGAUCAAAAUCUGCCCGUAUAGAUAAUUCCCAACCUGGGUCAUCAUUGGCUGCUCAGAAGGAGUCGAUGCUGAUUUUGAAGAACAAGGCACCUAGGUGGCAUGAACAACUACAAUGCUGGUGCUUGAACUUUAAUGGGCGGGUCACUGUUGCUUCAGUGAAAAACUUUCAGCUGGUUGCUUCUCUGGAGAAUGGAGAACAUGAUAAUGUGAUUAUCCAAUUUGGAAAAGUUGGCAAACAUACUUUCACAAUGGAUUAUCAAUACCCACUAUCAGCCUUUCAGGCAUUUGCUAUCUGUCUUAGCAGCUUUGACACCAAAAUUGCUUGUGAAUGACCACCAAACUGGUUUUGGCAAAAAGCUGCAAUGCUGGAUUUUUUUUAGAGUUGUCUGCAGUAUAUUCUUUGCCUGAGUGCAAUUUGGCCUCAAGUUUGUUUUAUCUUGGAUGGUUUCUUUUUCUUCGUGGAUUGUAAAUAUGCAUCAAUUGUAACAUGAUCAGAUAUUUGGUGACGCCUUGCUCUAAUAUAUUCGCAGUUGGUGAUUUU